AUGUUCUCCGUCAAGGCAACCUACCGCUCAGAGACACGCAGGUUCGCUUUCUCAGACUCGUCUGCAUUCCCAACCUACGACCAGCUCUACGACCAGCUCUACCGAGUGUUCCCCAUCGGCCACUCGUACUAUCUCUCCAGGCUCCUCUUCUCAGCGAAUCCACUGAGCCCCUCCUCUCGCAUUCUCAUCGGCAUGGAGGCUCACUCCCCCGCCGAGUAUGAUGCUCACGUUGCGCCCUACGCCAACAAAGAAUGGCCGGGCGCUCUUCUGCGCUUCAACGUCUAUGACGAGACGCCCCACAAGUCCCCGGGCUCCGCCGCACCUCCAGAGCCCGCCCCCGCCAACGUCGAUCCUCUUCGGCGGGGCCACGCCCACAGGCACGCUCAUCUCAACGGGGCCUUUCCCCACGAUCACCCACACCACCACCAUCACCACCAUCACAGGAAGGACAGACACGAGAGGCGCGCAGCCCUCCUGGCCGCACUCAACGCUCCGACCCACUCCCCGCGCUCGCCGUACGCUCAGCACGAUGCGCGCUCUCAGGGGUCCUCGUCGCCGCCCCCGUUGGCCACCCUGACGCCGUCGCCGCCGUCCUCGCCUCCACCUCCGGGCCGGCACCCGCAUUGGACUCCGCGCCCGUUCUCGCCCCGAGACUUGCCCCAUCCGCCUCCGGGCCCGCCUCCGCCGCCGGGACAUGCCCGUCCUCCUCCGCCACCGCCACCGCCUCGUCACGGUCACGGUAUCCCGCCUCCGCCUCCGCCUCCGCCCCCACCACCUCCUCAUCACCACCAUUCCCCUUUCCCUCCGCCUCCUCCUUUCCACGGUUCACGCUCUCAUCCUUUCCGCGGGCCAUACUCUCCUGAUCCUCAUCGUCACGACCACGGUCACCCGCCUCCUCCACCUCAUCCUCCACGCUACUCGUACACGCCCUACUCCUCGUCGGCUUUCCCUCAUCUCGAAGUCCCCGGCCUCUUUGGUCCCCGCACGCCUCCGCCCCCUUCUGCGCCCCCACCUACCAUGCCCUCGGCCUGGGAUGCACCGCCAUCGGACUGCUGGGAAGCACCGGAGUCCUGGAAUGUACCGCCGGCUUCUGCCCCGCCUCCGCCUAUCAUCCAAUCGUCCUUCCGCCCAUCAGCAGCUAACUGGGGUGGCGUGCCUCAGUUUACAUCCCCUCAUGUCUACGCUCCACCUCUGCCCGUUACACAAUGGAGCCCGCGCUGGUUGGGGCCACAGCAGGCACAGUCUCGUUCUUCAGCACCUCCAAUCGACAUUAUAUCUCAACCAUACCAGCCCAACGCGCCCGUCGUUAUCAUUCAACCACCGACCCCGCAGCAGCCGCUGGGCAAGCAGGGCGGAGACCGCGACCACGAUAUGGAGAACGCGGUCGAUAAGGACAAGGAAGCAUGCUGUGACAUCACGAGGGGCAAGCGUGAGAUCCGGGAUUUAUUGCAGACCUUUUCCGUAGAUCUGAACCGGGCCGUGUCGAGCGCACUUGGUGAAGACUUUGCGGUCAAGGUGACGGGAGAGCGCGAAAGCCAAGCAGCGCAGACGGUGAAUGUAGAUGCCGAGGUCUUGUCGAACGUUUCCGCUGGAGUGUCUGUGACUGCCACCGCAGUCGAGGCGACUACAUCCACCUCGACACUAAACGCGGAGAGCGCUGCUACACCCCGCCCGCCUGCGGUGCAUGCCAACAUCAUCUGCGACGGCUGCAACACCACCAUUAUCGGCGUGCGCCACAAGUGUCUCGACUGUGCCGACUUUGACCUUUGUGCACAGUGUUUCACGCGUGGAGUAGGUGUCGGGAUGGAGCUCGGGCACAUGUCGGAGCACGAGAUGUUCGCGAUUGAGGAGCCUGGAGGCGUGUGGAUGCACACGGUGUUCGCAGGCGAGGGUACGCGGACGCACACUCCGGCGACGACGAGGGUGCAACCCACCGGUCAUCGCGCGGAUGCCAGUAGGCGUUCCGGUUUUCCGGCUAUGGCCGCGCGCCAGUCAGCGAACAGGGAGACGGAGCACUCGCACCAGGAGCAGCAGAAUGUGAGAAUGACCGAGCAUAAUGCGGUCUGCGAUAUAUGCGACUCGAAGAUUUUGGGCUUACGCUACAAAUGCUUGGACUGUCCUGACUUUGAUACGUGCGCGUCGUGCUUCCGUAUCAUGACAGAGCAGCACCCUGGCCACGGCUUCGUGCGCGUCGCGGAUCCUGCAGACCUGAUCCGCCCCCGCAUGACGGAUGUUGCCGGGCAUGCGAUGGUCGAUAGGCACCCCGCGCGCUGCAACCAAUGCGACAAGGUGAUAUAUGGGAUUAGAUACAAGUGCAUGCACUUCGCCUGCCCCGACUUUGACCUCUGCGCGGCUUGCGAGGCGCACCCUAUUCCGGUGCACCCACCGACGCAUCCGUUGCUCAAGAUUCGCACCACAGACACCGUGAUCCCGGCUGUAGUGCGGCGUCAGGAGCCAAAUCUUGGCCUAUCCUCCUUGCCAGCGGAGCCCAGUCUCGCCACUCCCACUUUCACGGGUCAAAACGGGAGGAGGCCUCUUCCGACCGCAUUCCCUGCCUCACAGUGGGACACGGUCCCCGCUGCCCCGACGAUCCCCGUCCCCCCGCUGCCGCCGACAACGCCAUUCGACGUGUUUACGUGGCCCACAGUGGAAAGAUUUGGCGAGCCGUUCCCGGAUCUGCCUGGGAUGUCUCUGUCCGUGACGCCACCGCCCACGAAUAGGGCUCCCAUUGGGCACGGGCUGCGCAACGUCCUCAGCUGGGAUUCGCGUCCCCAGGACGUCGAGACGCAGACAUUCGCCGAGAAUGUGAUGGAGCCUACGGCACCGCCUGCGUCGUCUAUAGUCACUCAGCCCGCGCCCACGGUGACUAUGCCGCCUUCGUUCCCCGACCUGUCUUAUCUCCCGUCUUAUGGGUUGGAAUCAGCGGCACCUCACGAAGAAGAGGAGCUGUUGGCCCUCAUGGAAGAAGAGAUUCAUGACAUAUGGGACAUGCGCUGGUGGGCGCGCCGCGUCGUGUCGCCCCCGCCUGUCGCAGGGGCUGCGAAACUGUUCAUGACCACGCCUCGCGCUCCGUCGCCGCUGUCCAUCUCACGCUCACCGACGCCAUCCAUCCGUACCCUAUCACCGGUCUACUAUUCGCGCUCGCCGACGACGACCAUCUAUGCCCCGUCGCCGGAGCCUCAGGCCCAGCCUCCGCGCUCGACCAGCCCCACGCCAUCGCCGAUGAGCCCUGUGACAUUUGCGGUCUCUACGACGCGUUCAAUCCCUUACCUGCCGCGUGUCUCUCGCCCGAUCGUAGUAUCUAUUCCGAGUCCCGAGCCGCUCAUUGAGCUCGAGGCCAGCAAGGGGGAUGUGGGAGAGCUAGAGGAUGUUUCCGAUUCUCGAUCCACCGCGAAGCCAGCCUCUUCUGGGUUCAUGGUCGAGGUCGAGGCGACCACCGAGAAGCUCGUCGAGAUACUGAAUUUGGGGAGGCGCCUCCCGACGCCGCCAACCAAGUCGCCAGUUUUCUCGGAAUCUUCAAAGGAAGGGUCCGAGACUGAUGAGGACGAGGUUCGGCCGAUGUCUCUGGGCGUGGCAGGCUCGCAGCCACCGCUCCUGCCGAUGGUCGACCGCACGGACUUCGACGGGAUGUUCGAUAUCAAGUCCAGGUUCCAGCAUCUCCUUGACCAUGUGUCUGUAUUCCCUCCGGCACAGCAGGUGGAGAAGGCCAAAGAAGCCGAAGAGGAGGUGCCGACGGUUUCUCCCCCUGUCGUUACCGCUCAGGCAACCCCGGCGCCAGAAAGUGCGAAUGAACGCAGCGAGGGCGAUUCGCCCCUUGCGCUCGAGCCGUUGCUCUCCCGCAUCGCAACGCCGCUCCGGUCCACGCUCCACGGCCGCCUUUCGGACCUGCUGACUGAUUCGCGCCGCACGAGUACCGUCAAGGGUGGCUCAAUCCUUUCGAGGUCCAACACGUCGCACCCGUCGAGUCUUGCAACGGACUCACGCCCCACGAGCCUGUUCACGGACGACGCGUCGACGAUCGUCGCCGAGAUCACCGCGCACGAGCCCCUGCGUGCCGCGUUCGUCGCCGACAACAACAUCCCCGACGGGACGGUCUUCCCGCCAGGCGCCGAGUUCGUCAAGUCGUGGCGCAUGCGCAAUAACGGGCCACGGGCGUGGCCAGCCACGACGGAGCUCGUGUUCGUCGCAGGCGAUCGGAUGCACCCGGAUGGGAAGUUGCACGAACAGUCCCGCGCGCGCGAGCAGGAGGGUGCGCGGUUCAAGGUCGGCAGCGUGGAUGUAGGCGAGGAGGUCGAUGUAUGGACUGGUGAUCUGAAGGCUCCUGACGUCCCGAGGAAGUACAUUGGCUACUGGCGUCUGAGCGACGGCCAGGGUACCCACUUUGGGCACAGCAUAUGGGUCGACAUCACCGUCGCGGAGCAAAGCCGUUCACACAAGGACGAGAACAGUGACGAGGGCUCGCUCGCCGCGUCGUCCAUCAUCAUGCCGCGCUCUGCGCCGGACCACGCCCGCACGGCGUCGGCCGGCAGCGUCCCCGCGCCCGACGAAAGCACGACCGCGCCGCUGUCGCCCGCCGUGUCCGCCGCGUCAGACACGCUCUCCGACGCGACGUCGUCGAUGUCGUUGAUCGAGAUGCCGUCGGACGACGAGGACGAGGACGAGGAGGUGUUCGAGGACAGCCGCUCGCACUUUGUCGGCACGACGCCCGAGGCGACGCAGCGCCGCUCUCCCGAUGUCGAGUACGUUGUCCUCUACGACAGCUCUGAUGACGAGUGAGCGCGGCCGAUAUCACCAUGAUAAAUUUUGAAAUUCCCAUGUCAAUCCGCUUACCUGCGCUAGGUGCGGACGUUGUACAGUCCCAAUAGGAGGUGACGUUGAUUCGGUUCGCUCUUUUCUGAGGUUUCUUUUCUUUUAUUCUUUCUUGUGUGUCAUCAGUGUUUGCUCGUAUGCUCGCCCGAUCCUUCUGGUAUCUUCUUAUUCGGCUCUGGGUGCACGGUGUACAAUAUAAACGGACAGUCGCGACUCUUUUUACCUCUAGAAAACAAUAACGGUACUCGCACUUAGCGUCGUAGCAAUGAAUCGAUUUUUUUGAGACAUGUC